CCUGGAAAGUCCCUGACAGCCGGGGAGGUUCACUGCGGCUUGCGGUUUCAAUUAAAUGAGGGAUAUUACAUUUCUUUGCCUCGCUACCUCUGCGGAUGUAAAAUUCUGUAAGGUUUUUCAGUCGUGGUUUUAUUUUUAUUAGCUAAACGAGUGCUAGAUGCUCCCCUGCGAGUGCUAGCUUGUGUUAGCAGGCUAGCUCUUUGUGUGGCUAGCUGCUAGCUGAGGGAUGUUUUGUUGUUGUUGAAACGGGCAGCCCUCCCGUCGUCUGGGAGAGGAGAUUCAUCAGCUGUGUAUGGAAAAAGCGGCUCCUCGACGCCUUCUCAUCCACUGACAUUAACUGCGAAAGUGGCCCGUGAAGCCCGCCGUUAGCAAAGCGACACGGAAAGAGAGAGAGAGAGAAGGAAGAGUUUGACCGACGAGGAGGGAGAUGGGAAACUGUCUGAAAUCCCCGACCUCGGAUGAUAUUUCUUUGCUACAUGAAUCUCAGUCGGACCGGGCCAGCUACGGAGACGGUGCUGACCCCGACCAAGAGCCACCGCCCCCCUAUCAGGAGCAGAUCCAUGUGCCUGUCUACCACCCAACACCCAGCCAAGCGCGACUGGCCACUCAGCUGACAGAGGAAGAGCAGGUUCGCAUCGCCCAGCGUAUCGGGCUCAUCCAGCACCUCCCGAAGGGCGUGUAUGACCUAGGGCGGGAUGGCUCUGAGAAGAAGAUCAGAGAGUGCGUCAUCUGUAUGAUGGACUUUGUUUAUGGAGACCCCAUCCGGUUCCUGCCCUGCAUGCACAUUUACCACAUGGACUGUAUAGAUGACUGGCUGAUGAGAUCCUUCACCUGUCCCUCCUGCAUGGAACCUGUGGACGCUGCGCUGCUUUCCUCCUACGAGACCAACUGACACAAACAGACACACACACGCACACACACACACACGCACACACACACACACAUGCCCACAGACACCUGUGGCCCAGACUGGGCACACACACACAUACAGUAUGCACACUGUAUCCUGGAUUAGUAAAGUGGGGAUAUGAAAGCAGUGAUCAUGUAGAAUUAUGGUGACCUCUCAUGUUUGUGUGUGUUUGUGUUUGUGUGCGUGCAUGUGUGCGUGUAUGUGUGCGUGCGUGUGUGUUUGUGCACAUACACAAGUUCCUCAGUUGGCCUGCUGGACAGGAUUGCAUCUGGGAAAGGACAGAGUGCUUGUGUUAAGGACGAGCAGGAAGUAGCUUGAUGGAGGAAAAGAACAAAAGACAAGAGCUGACAAGGGGGGAGUGUGAUAAUACAAGAGUAAAGGGAAGUCACGGGGAAUGGAUGACGGUUAACUGGUAUGAUUAAGAAACCACUUUUGUGAAUGUGACUACACAUGAAAGCAUACCCAGUCUCUCACUUCCUUCCAAGCAUUGAAAUGAAUCAUAUCAGAAUGCAGAAGGAAGGACAUCUGACUGCCAUCAUCAGGCUGCAGAUUGUAUUUCUUGGACUGCUGAAGCCUGAUUACUAUCAUAUCACUGCAAUACAAAGAAAAGUGUCCGACAGAAUAUCUGCCAGGCGGUUGUUGCAGAUUCAUAUCUGCUGCAAAAAUUGCUACAAAUGAAGACUGCUAGAUAUGGACAUCAGGCGUAAGACUGCAACCAUCAGAUGUAUUCUGCAGACAUACCACAGGCCUGCAGCACCUGGGUCUCCAGUUCUCUGUCUGUACAGAUCUCUUAUGAGAAAAAUAAGACUGGUAGGUGGAUUGAUCGAAUGUCCUGUGGCUUUGUGAAAUCUGUUCUGUGUUUGUUUUGUCAGUCAGCAUAAGGGCUCAGUUGAACCAGUGUUUACUAACAACACAGACAUUUCAAAGGAAAAUACUGUAUGUGCUUUAGUCACUAAUGUGAUGGAUAGCUGGUAGACUGUUACCAUCAAGCUUUUGACCCUCUCAUGACUUUCUCAGUCACAGUGAGAUUGCAGAUUAUUGGCCAAAGCACAAGUAGACUAGUUAACAAAACAUUAAUACAAAUCAGAGAUAUUUGCACUUCUUAAUCAGACUUGACAAGAGUUGACCAUAUGCAUUUAGUAAUUAUGUCAAAGUGAAGUAUGUGAUUUGUUUUAGCUACAUUUUCAUUACCAUUGCUAUGGUUUGUAAUAGAGAUGUUCCGAUACCAUUUCUUCCUUCCCAAUACCAAUUCCGAUACCUGAAUUUGGGGAAAUCGGCCAAUACCGAGGACUGAUCCGGUACCAUUGCAUUAAAAAAAUGUUGUAGCUGUUUACUACUAAGCCUACCUGUAUGGGUGUGAUAUGAUUAAUGUCAUUAUUGUAUGGCAUAGCUCAGGUUAAACCCAUUGUAAAACAUGAACUGAUGUAUGAAUGCCAUAGAAUCUUUCUUUUAUUAUCUAAUUUCAAUCAUAAUAAAUCCUGAAAUAAAUAACAUUUCCUACACUAGUUGUCCUAAGACUAGUGCCACAACUCAAAAUUAAAGCCUUGCAUAUUGUACAUGUUGCCUUUUUACUAGUGGGACUUAACAGUGUAACAUAUUGCCAAAUUGCAAAGUUACAUUUUGCUAAUGGCUAAUGUUACACUGUUUACCGGAAAUCAGUUCCUCACCAUGCUAAAACAGUAGUUGCUAGUGGCUGCACAGCGCAACUUCCUGUUUAAGCUACUGUUUUAGAGCAGCAAAGAAGAAUUCAUUUCUGGCAAAACUGCCAUUCUAUCUGAGUGUUUAUUAAUAAAUUAUGUGGUAUCGGAUCGGUGUAUAGCCUUGAGUACUCGCUGAUACUUGAUAGCGUUUUUUAAGCAGUAUCGGUGGCAUUUCCGAUACUAGUAUUGGUAUUGGAACAACUCUAAUUUUUUAAUGAAAGACUCCGUCUCUAAACCAGGUGUGGGUGCAUGAUUCAUUACUGGAGACAUUAACCAAACUACUGAAUUAAUCCUAUGGUUGCUUCCCCUGUUACUGUCCAAUACAUGUAAUUUUAAGGACAAAAUUACAAAUUACAAUAACAAAAUGAAAAAAAUACACUUGGUUGGGCUCAUUUAAUAUAUUUGCAUAUAUAUAUGAAUUAUCGCUUCAUCUUCUUCCGUAAAAAAAACUGUCCAGAAAACUGGACCUACCAGAUCUAAAGCAAACAUUAACAGGGGAAACGGUUAAAGAUGUCAGGUGUCACCAUCAGGACAGUGAUAAUGCAGAAUGAAUCUGGUAAUGGGUUGUGUGUCAUUGAAUAUGACUGAGGAUUUUUAUUUACCUGAUGUGGUCAGAAUCAGCAGUUAUACAAUAAACUGACUAUAAGUUCCCAGUUUAGAAAGGAUAUAUCUCUUUACUUUUUAUUUUUUUCACUAUUUUCUUCAUCUCAAGAUGAGGCCUCUAUCUAAAUGAUCUCCUUGCCACAUUUUAAAAUGUCUAUCGCCUAAGUCACCCAGUUGGUAAAAGCACAAAAACAUGCAAAGGUUCAAUUUUUUUUUUCCUUCUCCCUGCUACCUUUGGCAUGCAGGUGAGUCGGUGAGAUUUUGAAUUAUGCAGGAAAAGUUAAAUCAUUUAAACUCCCCCUGCUCAGCGGACAUGAUACAGAUCCAACACAAUUUGAAAACAUGCCUUUUAGUGAUGUGUGUAUGUGUGUGUGUUUAUCUCUGUGUGAGUGUUUGUGCAAGGCUUUAUGACCUUUGUGUGAGCUGGCAGUCAGCACCUUAGUUUUUGCACAGUACUUUAAUCUACUUAACUCUUUCUUGUACAUUGUCCUCCAUCAGUAAGGUGGAGCCUAAAGGCCUUAGGUUACCUGUGAGUAUCAGCUGCUAAAAUGUGGAGUCUAGUAAACUAAAAGAAAACAGGAGGGGGAGGGUUAUAUACAGACAGUUUCAACUGAAAUUGCUGCUCCUGAGCUGGCAGUCAUUGUACAUGUUAUGUCGUGAAGAAUACACAAAGUGUGUCAAGAAAAUUGUCCUCCUACAUUGUCACAAAAUUUAUAAAUUGUCAGUGUAUUGUGGUGUUUGGAUUGGGGUUCUGUCACAUCACCUGACUCUCUUCCUAAGGAUUCCUGUGGGAUUGCAUAGCUGGUUUCCACCGCUUUCGUCUGCAGUUUGGAACAGUCCUGCGGUACAGUGGAUGACAUUUUUGGAUACAAAUGCCUUCCCCCAGAGAAAGCACAGUUUCGAUCUCAGUCUGGAUCUAAUCAAGGCUGCGUGGGACAUGCAAUGCAUAAUGGGAAUGUGUGAAUAAACAAAGUUAAAUCUU